CCUAAAUAUAGCGGACGGGAAUCUGUCUGUGUUGGUGUGCCGGAGUGACUUUGAUAAGAAGAAAACAAAGAGAGAAGGUUACAGAGGGAAACUCAGAGCUAGGGGAGGAAUUGCUGUCUGUAAUAUCGUCUCCCCUAUAUCCGUCCUUCAGGUUUGAGGUUGAAGUUCCUCCUCCUGCCAGGGCAUGUACCAAACACUUUCAGCAAGCCAUGCCAAACUGAUACUGGAGUAACAGAGCUGACAGUGGAACUAUGUGUUAAGGAUUGUCUGUUGACCCAUCUGGAGCCCACUGAUAUUCAUCUUCGGCAGUUUGAGGAAGUUGUUUUGGCAAUGGGGAGGAAGAAGAUCCAGAUCACGCGAAUCGUCGAUGAGAGGAACCGACAGGUGACUUUCAUGAAGAGGAAGUUUGGUCUGAUGAAGAAAGCCUACGAGUUGAGCGUUCUGUGUGACUGUGAAAUCGCCCUCAUCAUCUUCAACAGCUCCAACAAGCUGUUCCAGUAUGCCAGCACCGACAUGGACAAAGUCCUCCUGAAAUACACCGAGUACAAUGAACCGCACGAGAGCAGAACCAACUCUGAUAUUGUAGAGGCCCUGAACAAAAAGGAGCACAGAGGCUGUGACAGUCCUGACGCUGACGCCUCCUACGUCCUCACCCCCAGUACUGAGGAGAAAUACAAGAAGAUUAAUGAAGAGUUUGACAACAUGAUGAAGAGUCAUAAAAUGCCCACCGGUCUUCCACAGCAGAACUUCAUGCAUGGCAGCAUGUCGUACAGCCCCAGUGCAGGAGGAGGAGGAGCGACCUCCCAAGCUUUAGCUGCAGCCACAGCAGCUCUGGCUGACAGUGGGAUCCUCUCCUCACCUCACACACACCUCCACAGAAACGUUAACCCUCCACAAAGACCUCCCAGCACUGGAAACACAGGUGGCCAACAGGGCAGUUCUGAUAUGGCUAUGCAGAAUGGGUCUGGACCAGUUGUGAACGGUUUUGUGGGCUCACCUGGUGGAGGCAGCAUGGGAAAGAUCAUACCACCCAAAUCUCCUCCUCCUCCUCCUCUUCCACCAACUGGGAACAGCCUGGGCCCUUCAAGCCGCAAGACAGACCUCCGAGUGGUCAUCCCUCAGUCCAAAAGAAUGAUGCAAACACUGAGUAAUCAGAGGCUGAGCAGCAAUCAGUCCAGCCAGCCUCUGUCCACCCCGGUGGUCUCCAUCACCACACCCAGUCUGCCUCACCAGAGUCUGGUCUACUCCGGCAUCACUUCUGCCUACAACAACGAUUACUCCCUGAACAGCGCGGACCUGUCGGGCUUCAGCUCCCCUGCAGGCCCCUCUUUGGGCUCCAUGGCAGCAUGGCAGCAACACCAGCUGAGCUCUCUGGGAUCAGGGAGCUCCAAUCUCUCCAUCAACACCAACCACAACAUCAACAUCAAAGCUGAGCCCAUCUCCCCACCCCGCGACCACCUCAGCCAAUCAGGGUACGUGACCCAGGCUCAUGCCCCUCCUCAUCCUCACUCAUCCACCAGAGCAGAGAUGGGGAGGUCUCCCGCAGACAGCGUCAGCUCCUCCUGCAGCUCCCAUGAGGGUGGCAGCGACCGGGAGGAGCAGCAGCGGUUGGACUUCCACACACUCCCUCUGAGUCGCUCAGAGGGCAGGGAGAGCCCGACGGUCAAACGAAUGCGAAUGGACAGCUGGGUGACAUAGAGCCUACAGUCAUGUGACGACACAGCACCAGGGCAAACACAGGAAGGACACUGUUAUGCAAAUGAAAAGUGGAUUUUAAUUGAUGUGUUUUGUUAUUUUUAUUAAGUUAUCUUUGUUUUUGUUUUUAUUUGGUGGUCAAAUUUUUCAGAAGCAAAAUUAGUCUGAAAAUUCUGGAAGUGUCAGAAUCAUUUCAGUAUCUUUCAGAAAGUAUUCGGUGGUACUUAAGUCAUAACAUGCCGUCCUUUUAAAAUAUAUAACUCAUUUAAACAUCACAGACUGAUAGUGUGGGUCCAAUUGCAGUACAAUCUGUCAUUUUCUUAUCCAGUGGGACGCAGUACUACAAACAGAGGAAUCACAAAAGGAGAGAUAAAUAUUGUCUGUCAGUCUCGUGGCUUCAUGACUUUGGUAGUAAAGCAGUGAAAGUCCUUCUGGAUGUCUCCCAUUGGUUGUCACCCAAUUAAUUUCUGAUCUACUCAGGGUUUGAAACAUCAACGAGUCCAACAUGAAAGCAAUACUCCCUCCACAUCACCCCUGUUACUCCUCUUUAUAAAAACACUUAUUUAUAUCAGCCAAAGCAGUAUGCUGUUUCUAUAUUUGUGUGUGUUUUUAUAUUGUGCACAGAAUAAGACAAUAUUUCAUUUAGAUUGAAAACUUAAAGCCAUGGACACUUGUUCUGUAUGUACUACCAAAAUAUGUUGUUAUUGUUUUGUAUAUACUAUCUUUAAUAUAUAUCACUUUUGGUGUAACUCUA